CAAAACAUUUAGCAAGUGUCAAAAUCGUUGUCAAACAAACGAAUAUGGAUUCUUCAGAGGAAUCUGAUAAUAAUUUAGAUUUAUCUAGUGAAAAUGGAUUUAAUAAAGCAGACAGUAAUCCUACAAUGAAUAAUAGUGGUUCGCAAAAUAAUAUAGUACAUAAAAUUUUCAAUAGAGAGGUAUUCGGUAGUACUUCUAGAAGAUCUAAUGGGAAACGCAAGGUGUUCGACAAAAUACCACCACGAUUACGCUUCUGCCUUAUGGACAUAGUUCCUAUACAAUAUUUAAGACAGCAUAUUUUUAUGGGAUUCUCACAAUGUGGGCAAUUCCUUCUCAGUUUUACUUACAGUAGUAAUACUCAAGUAUAUUUUAGGGAAUUCUCAAAGUUUACGCUUCACUUCUUGUCAUGGGUGCCAGGUCGUGUGGUUAAGCCGGUUCAUAGUGUGCCAUUGUUUGGUGACGACAGUGUUGACAGUAGGGUGACCAUAUCCAUGGCACAGUGGAAACAUAACCCCUCAGUAUUAGUUGUAUACGGUAUUGCAGACUCAUGCUCAGAGAGGUCUUACCUCAGUGUUGUGGGAGUGCCUAGGUUAGGUUGUAAAAGUUGCUCAGCUAUUUCUAAGGAUGAUGAAGAUGAUUUGAAUCUUGGCAAGAGGUGUAUGGAGCACAGUUUUGCUAUCCACACAAAGUUCUUCUGUACUUCAGACUCCAGUAUGUACGAACCGGUGGUGCAACUGGCUUAUUCUAAUCAAAUUAUUAUUUAUACGGAUUUUAUACAUAUAUUAGAAAUAGAUAUCGUCAAAUCUGAUCAAGAGAAGAACGAAUCUUCUGCCAUUGAUGAAAAAUCGUCUGUUGAUAAGGAAGAAUCAAACUCGUUAGAUACAAACCCAAGCACGCCCGCCUCAGACUACUCCGCACCGUUUCAGUCUCCAAAAUACGAGAGUAAUGUCGUUCAAAACAUUUUGGCGGAUUUCUCAGAUUUGGAAAUGGAACCGUAUCAAAUGUCGAGGCCGGUGCACUUGCCAGAUGUCAUGGGACAGGAGUUGUGUAUCCAGGCCUCCUCAAUAUCGCACAAUCUCAUGGAGGAAUGGGAGGGUCCGUCUCCCUCGAUACGGACGCUAAUAAGUCCCCCGCUGAGGUCUCCGAGGCGAAGGCCCGCCGAAAGCAUGUCGAGGUUCAACGAAACGCACAGAACUAUAGCGGAAAAGGCCUACGAAUUCGUCGAGGAGACCGAAACGAAAUGCGAAAAGCUUAGUAUAUUCAGAAAACGCCGACUGGCCGACAAGAAAUACGAGUUUUCGGAAGAUAAUAAUGAGAACAUAGUUCCGUUUAGAGUGUUAAGGAGUAAUAGAAAGUAUUAUACUGGUUCGACCAGCAAGCAAACUAGGCGGCCGAAGUCACCGCCGAUCGAGAGUGUCGUUUUGAGAGCACAUAACCAGAUAAGCAGGCCUGCUUCGCCCGUUUCGGAUGUGAAGAAUGUGAGCUUAUCAGCUCUUGAGUCAGACAGGAAUAGCGAGUCUGAAUAUAGAGUCAUGGAGAUGUUAGACGAUGGUUCCCUGAAGACUGUGUCGGUUCACGACAACACAUCGAAAACCUUAUCCGACUGCACAGUCAGUCCUCAGGAUCCAUAUUUAGUGCAUUCAGGAAAUUCCAAGUGCAGUAAAUUCUUCACGCGAUAUUUUGUUGAGAGCGACGAUGAAAUUACUUCUAUAAUCACAGACUCUGAGGAUGACUGCAUGUCGGGUUACCACGUGGCUCUCCCGCUGAGCGGUCAGGGCGCGCGGGGCAUGGCGUUACAAACUGUGAGCGCCGGUGCGUGGGAGCGGGCGCGGGCGCAGGCCCCCGGCCCCCGGCCCGCCGCGAGCCCGCCGACACCCAGCCCGACAGGCCCGACGCUCCCGACAGUCCCGCCGAGGACACUACGAGCCACUCAGCGGUCCCUAGACACUGAUCUACUGUGUAACGAAGUGUGCGGCCGGUUGUGCGCAAUACACGGAGUUAACUUCAUCUACUGCUUCGACUGGGGCUGCCACGUGAUUGAUGUGUGCCAGUCCAGCGGAUGUCUGUCCGGACUGUGCGCGAUGUGGCUGUGGGCGAGCGAGGAGGACAUCGGCGCGUGCGAGGCGUGCAGGGCCGUCAGCGGCGGCUGCCCUCAGCACCGGCGACAGUACGCCGCUGAGUGCCUAUUCGUGUGGGACCUGGUGACAGGGGAAUACCGCACAGAGCGCGUGUCCAUGACAGAGGACUCUAGUCAAGAAGGUUCUAGAAUACCCGGGGCAGACCGAGCGCGAAAACUAGCUAAGAAGCUCGGCCACAUGCAUCUUGGGAACGAAAACAGAUUACUCACAACUUUAACUGGUAAAUCGCUUAAAAGACUGACGGAUGAGGACAACUGUAUAGAGAUAACGAAGAACCACCCCGACUCGUCAGAGUCCGAGUCUGAAGAAGAGGACAGCGACUAUGACUGACUCCCUCACUCCUAGACGUGGCAGCUUAAUCUCGUACAAGAAUUGUAAUAGUUUUAUUAUCAGUUUUUGUAAAAUUAUUCUAAGUCAUGUUUGUUGAGGCGGUAAUACACGCACUCCAAGUUUAUAAACUGUAAUGCACUCUCUUCACGUUGGCAAAGGAUGAUAGACAUAAGUGAUUUAGAACAUAUGAAGAAUACAUGUCGUCUAUGGAAUAUUAAGUUUAUUUCAUCUACAAUCGACGUCUAUAAUAAUUAAUCGUCAACGUUUAUAGUGUAUGUUUCAUAAUAAGAUAUACAGGGUGCAAUUAAACCUUCCUGCCAAAUUUU